UUCCAGACAGGUAAUAAGUAAAGCUCUACAAAAUGUAGUUGACAUUUGAGGUACAGCUCGUAUAAGCACUGCCACGGUGGGGCUAAAAAAGAUCCCGUUGAGUCACUUGAACAGAUUUCAUCGACUUCACCUUUCUUGCAUUUGAGAGCUUCACGAACAUCUCAACAGCAACAAUAAUGAAAAAUUUAGAUGAUUUCCAGGAUGAAAGCGCCUUUGCUUCUCUGCCCAACGAGUGCUGGUUGCAGAUUGUUGAUCUGCUCGAUUUGAAAGACCUCUUGUCCCUUUCGCUAGUCUCAAAGGGACUUCACACAUCAGUAGAGCAUUUGAUAUACAAAACAGUAAAAUGGGACUGUUCCCCCGUUCCAACAACGCGGGUUUUCCAACUUACCCGAACCAUUCUGUCAAGACCAGAGCUGGGACUUUGCCUACAGAACUUCAGCAUGGUCAACAGCUUCGACGUAUUCUGGAUUAAAGAAUGGCGAGAUCCCUGGCUUGACAGAGAAUGGAGCGAGAUUUCUGCCGAUUAUGGCGAUGUCGUGGAGAUGGCUCAAGCCAUUGUGCACAGAGCGGAAUUCCCAGAUGCUGACAGGUGGAAUAGGGCUAUCCAGGAUGGAGAUGUGUUUGCCGUUGUGUCAAUUUUGCUUUCUCAACUGCAUAACCUUAGGACACUGCAGCUCGACUACACAUUUAUCUGGAAAGGUGGCUUUCCCGGAUUAAUGCUGAAGCAUGCGUUGUUCUCUGCGCCGAAAGGAGUUUUAUCGAACUUCGACUCUUUAGUUAGUGUGAAUUAUGGUAGCGAAGUCACAAUGUCUGGCCACAUCAACCAUGAUGGUCCAAUUCAGUACGACGGCUUCCCCGAUGUCGACCUAGAUCAAUUCAUGGCCUGGUUUUAUCUGCCUUCGGUGCAGGUGCUGGGGGUAUGGCUACGCAGCUUCAAAGACGUGAUCACUGAAGAUAGACAGCCAGACCUGCACAACCUGCAUACACUCAUUCUCGCUCGAUCAACAAUUGAAGAAGUUGAAGUCCCGUCUCUUUUAUCACUGACUCCUAAUCUCAAAACCCUCCAUCUGGGAAUGGCAUAUCGAUUCAAACAAAGACGUCAAUUGGAAAACGGGCACGCCAUUCUCCAAGGUCUGAGUUACCUUCACAACACCCUCGAGAGGCUAUCCAUGGGUAUAGAGUACUACCCCUCAUUUGAAGCCUGCAAUGUAGAGGACGAGGAAGACAACCCUGAUCGAAAACCUUGGAUAGGCUUUGUGAAAGAAUUUCCCAAAUUGGUGUCCACGGAAAUCCCAGUCACGCUGCUCCUGGGCUCAGAUCCAGAUAAUGCAGAGAACAUCACCAAGGUCCUGCCGAGUACGCUGGAAGAGUUGUGCAUCCAGUGGGAUAAUUCAAGAGUUUCGAACAACGACUGGGUAGAUGCGGAAGAGGUGCUCGAGUGCGUCAAGUAUGUUGUCCAGAGCCAACAGUCUCAGUUUGCGCGUCUGAAGCGCAUGACAGUUCGGGUGUGGCUCGACGAGGAGUAUGGCGAAGGGCACCAGGAGGAAGCGGAGGAGAUAUGUCAGGAAGCAGGGAUUGAUUUCGAAAUGCGUCUUGACUGUCUGUCUCCGGGGUUGUGGACGAGAGAUGUUUUUGGGCCACGGGAAAACAAGAGUAUCGAUCUUGUCUGAACAAUUAUAUAAUAGCUACCUAGUUAGCAUCUUGUAAUUAGAAUGGAUAAAAAUCACUGGUAGAAUGCCGAACAAUGAGAGGGAAGUCAGCUGACUCCUAGUGGGACAGGCCUAACCGGGAGCGGUUAGGCCUAGUG